AUGGCAUCUCAUGACCAAAGCUUCAAAGCUGGUGAGGCCAAAGGCCAAACUCAGGAGAAGACCAACCAAAUGAUGAGAAACAUUGGGGAUAAGGCCCAAUCUGCAAAGGACAAGACGGCCCAAACAGCCCAAGCAGCAAAGGACAAGACCCAGCAGGCAGCCCAAGCUGCAAAAGAGAGGACUACUGGGGACAAUGUUAAAAUUUUUGUCAAUGGCGAUACAUGUGGAUCAUUAACUGGUAUUUGUGUUAACAACUGUGUGUCCAAAUAG